AUGCUUCGAGUAGUCAGCUCAUGCAAUCUUGGGAUCUUCAAUUUCCCAUUUGAUGUUCAGAACUGUUCAUUAACCUUUGGCUCUUACAUGCACACAGUGAGAGAUGUGCGGCUUGGACUGGCUCUUCCAGUAGAACAAAUUCUGCAAAACUCUCUACAGUACCUUGAGACCAGUGGAGAGUGGGAGCUCCUCAGAAUUGAAGGGACCCCUGAUAUCUUGCGAUUUGGCAUUGAUGAAUGGGAUAUAAUCACAUUCCGGGUGGUGAUCAGACGACGUCCAAUCCUGUAUGUGGUGAAUCUACUCAUCCCUAGUGCCUUUCUGAUGUUGAUUGACAUCUUGAGCUUCUUCCUUCCACCGCACAGCACUGACAGAGCCUCCUUUAAGAUGACCUUGCUCUUGGGAUACACUGUGUUCCUGCUCAUAAUGAAUGACUUGUUGCCGAGUACAGCCAAUGGUACUCCACUGAUUGGUAUAUACUUCUCUGUUUGCCUGGCUUUGCUUGUGCUCAGUUUACUGGAGACAGUGAUUAUCACUCAUGUGCUGCACCGUGGAACACUACUGAGUGGCUCAGUGCCUUGCUGGGUGAAACGCUUUGUCUUAGGUUUUCUAGCUCAACUGGUCUGUUACACUGAUCCAUCUGUCACUGAUGAAAACCCUAUAACUAAUAAUAACAUACUUCAUCCUACCAAUGCAAAUGAUGCAUCACGAUCAGCACCACCCAGUCCUUGUCAUGACAAAGGUAUUGACACAGGUAAUGUUUGUAAAAAGCAAUUUUUGUACUAA